CAAGGUGACAUGACGUAAGGCGUUCAUUACCCCACCUCUAUAGGUACUCUUACUGUACACUUAUUACCUGGCGACCGCAUCUCGCAUCCGCAAAAACAACCCGAAUUACAAAGAGUACGCCUACCAUUCCUAGUGCAAUCACCAUGGCUCUUCCCCCAAAGUUUGCAGGUCACAGAUUGCAGGCCGGUACUGAUCAGCACCCGCAACACACACUUGAACUCUAUCUUGACUAUGCUUGUCCCUUCUCCGCAAAGAUGUUCGAUACGUUCUACAGCUCAGUCAAAUCUACACUUGCAAGUCAAUACAGGGGCAAACUGCAGGUCAUCUUUCGCCAACAUAUCCAACCCUGGCACCCAUCAUCAACAUUGAUGCACGAAGCGGGGGCAGCUGUUCUGAAAGUCGCCCCCGAGAAAUUUUGGGAGUUCAGUGCCGCUUUGUUCAAACAACAGAAGGACUUUUUUGAUGUCAGCGUGGUUAAUGAAACACGCAAUAGAACAUAUGAAAGAUUGGCAAAGGUUGCCGGACGUGUUGGAGUGGAGGAGCGGGAGGUGCUCAAGCUUUUGACUGUUAGCGACAAAGCUAGUGACAACGGGGAACUGAAUACCGGUAACGAUGUCACCGAGGAUAUCAAGAAAAUGGUCAAAGCAGACCGUGCUGUGGGAGUCCAUGUUUCUCCGACCGUAUACUUCAAUGGUAUCGAAGAACCGGGGAUCAGUAGCAGCUUUACUGCUACCCAGUGGGGGCAAUGGUUGGCCAAGAACGUGAUCUGAAAACCCCUUCUAGAUAAAGCAUCCUGCAAAUAGAAUAUAUGAGGGUGAAGCACAGUAAGACGGUCGUUAGGGUGGCAGUGCGUGGUGGCUUAGGCGACAAACGAGGUAUCUUCUAGCAGCAUUGAAUUAUAUUUCUUGUCGAAACUUCAUGCAAGAAGCACCUGAUUGCCUAAGAACAAUCUCAUUU